AUGAAUUAUUCACCACAGCAUCAUCCUAACCGAUUUGUCAAUAGCAUCUCUUGUCGAAAAUGUGGCAGACCUUGUUCCGGCGAAACUUUGAAAGUUGCCAAUGAUUUUUUUCACUCCAAGUGUUUUACAUGUAAAGUUUGUGGUGUAGCCCUUGUUAAUGCCGGCUAUUUCAGUCAAGGCGAGGAUUAUUAUUGUGUCUAUGAUUACCAUCGUAUUUAUGGCACCAGAUGCAAUUUUUGUGGUGGUUUUAUCGAAGGUGAAGCGAUUAAAUGUGCUGGAGAAGCCUUUCAUAAAAGAUGCUUCGAUCAAAAAGCAAAUCGAUCUUUACCAUCUGCUACUAAUGAUAAAUCUCCUAAUAAAUUGCAAUCACGAUCGCCAUCUUCAACAAAAUCAAGCGAAAAUAUCAUAUAUCCAAAAUGCGGUGGUUGCAAACAAGAAAUUCGCGGCGGUCAAGCAUUAAUCGCUCUAGAUCAACAGUGGCAUACCUGGUGUUUUACAUGCAAUCGAUGUGGAAAGCAAUUAUCAGGCGAAUACUUAGGAAGAGACGGCAUUCCAUUAUGUGAAGACGAUUAUCUGAAAUUAUAUGGUAUUAUUUGUGCUGGGUGCGGUCAUUAUAUCGUCGGCAAAUUUCUUGAGGUUGGAGAAAGAAAUUUUCAUUCUGAAUGUGCUCAUUGCGUUCAUUGCACUGAAACAUUUCGUGAGGGACAAGAAAUCUUGAUCUAUAAGGACGAUUUAUUUCACUCUUCUUGCCUAAAAUCAAGUGCUUUGGUAAGGUCUUAG